UAGAGCCAAACUUGGAAUGCCCCAAUUUUUAAGUCCUGAAGCACAGAGUCUUCUCCGAAUGCUCUUCAAACGAAACCCUGCAAACAGAUUAGGGGCAGGUCCAGAUGGAGUUGAAGAAAUUAAGAGGCAUUUAUUUUUCUCCACAAUAGACUGGAAUAAAUUAUACAGAAGAGAAAUUCAUCCGCCUUUUAAACCUGCAACUGGUAGGCCAGAGGAUACAUUUUAUUUUGAUCCUGAAUUUACAGCAAAAACACCGAAAGAUUCACCAGGUAUUCCACCCAGUGCUAAUGCACAUCAGCUUUUUCGAGGAUUCAGUUUCGUUGCUAUUGCAUCAGAUGAUGAAAGCCAGGCAAUGCAGACUGUUGGGGUUCAUUCAAUUGUUCAGCAGUUGCACAGGAACAGCAUUCAGUUUACUGAUGGAUAUGAAGUAAAAGAAGACAUUGGGGUUGGUUCUUAUUCUAUCUGCAAGAGAUGUAUACAUAAAGCUACAAAUAUGGAAUAUGCAGUUAAGAUUAUUGACAAGAGCAAAAGAGAUCCAACAGAAGAAAUUGAAAUCCUACUGCGCUAUGGACAGCAUCCAAAUAUUAUUACCCUUAAAGAUGUGUAUGAUGAUGGAAAGUAUGUAUAUGUGGUAACAGAACUUAUGAAAGGAGGAGAACUGCUGGACAAAAUCCUUAGGCAAAAGUUUUUCUCAGAACGAGAAGCUAGUGCUGUCCUGCUCACAAUAACAAGAACUGUUGAGUACCUCCAUGCACAAGGAGUUGUUCAUAGAGAUCUGAAACCUAGCAACAUUCUUUAUGUUGAUGAAUCUGGUAACCCAGAAUCAAUUCGAAUUUGUGAUUUUGGCUUUGCAAAACAGCUAAGAGCAGAAAAUGGUCUUUUGAUGACUCCAUGUUACACAGCAAAUUUUGUUGCUCCAGAGGUUUUAAAAAGGCAAGGCUAUGAUGCUGCAUGUGAUAUAUGGAGUCUUGGUGUCCUGCUUUAUACUAUGCUCACUGGCUACACUCCUUUUGCAAAUGGUCCUGAUGAUACCCCAGAGGAGAUAUUGGCACGAAUAGGUAGUGGAAAGUUCUCUCUCACUGGUGGUUACUGGAAUUCAGUUUCAGUUACAGCUAAGGACUUGGUUUCAAAGAUGCUUCAUGUCGACCCACAUCAAAGACUGACUGCUGCCCAGGUUCUUAGACACCCUUGGAUAGUUGACAGUGACCAGUUGCCUCAGUACCAGCUAAACCGACAGGAUGCUCCACAUUUGGUGAAGGGUGCCAUGGCAGCCACAUACUCUGCUUUGAACCGCAAUCAGUCACCAGUUUUGGAGCCAGUAGGCCGUUCUACACUUGCUCAGAGGAGAGGUAUAAAAAAAAUUACCUCAACAGCCCUGUGAAGUGACCUCAACCAGAUACUUGGUACCAUGGUAUAAGAUGAUAGCACAAAUCAUGGCGACAAGUAGCACAUAUCUGACAGAUUCCUGCAAGCACACUCUGUCCCAGCUGGUACCCAUAAUGCUGCUGUUCCUAUUAUUGCUACUGCUUUCAUCUAUUCUCCCUUUAAACUGUUGAUGGCAAGUUUCUGACCUUUCUGGAGCUUUGGAUGAAGUGAAAAGUGGAAACACAAGGAAAAUGAACAUGUUCACUGAUUGAAUAAACUAGAAGAAUUAUGAAUGCUAACUCUAUCAUAAAAUACACUGAAUAAAGCACUCUGCACCAUAUAGCAUUAUUUUUAUAAGAAAUAUUUCUCGUCCCCUAAAAUAUUCUUUGUUACAUGUUGAGAUGGACAGUUUAUGUUAAGCACUUAGCUUAAACAAUCUGUUUAUAUUAGCACUGUAUACUUUGUGCCAUCCAACAUUUUGUAUGUUUUUGUAAACAAUUCAUAAGCAGUACUUUUCUGUGCUGUUUUCUUUAAUGUAUACAUGCCUUGGUUUAUUUAGAUUUUAUUAAUCAUUUUGACAAUUAACUCUGGUUAAACAGUUCACCUGGAUUAAUCAGUAUUGUUGGACAGCUCUAAAACAGCCUUGACUGUUAAAAAGCUAUUGAAUGUAAUAUUAUGAAUGUGUAUUUUUCCUUGCCUGUGUCUUUUCUAUAUUUCCAUGUUUUUGAAGUUGCAUGUCUGUUAUGAAAACCGGAGAGAUGUUGUAGUAUUAAAAAUUUAAACAGUGGGUUUUUCACACAUGUAAUAGGUAACGCAUCCAUAACAAAAAAGUAACUUGUUCCACAUCACUCCCCUCUCUUUUUUCUCUCACCAAUUACAGGACUCAGGGAUCGUUGCUAAAUAGUUUUCCCUUUCAGAACAGUUGUUUCUUGCUUUUUCUCAUAAUUCAUUUAAUAUUUUUACUUUUAUUUUAUUACUGUAGUUAAGAGCUGACAAAUAUUUUGUUCAGCUAGUGCUGGCAUUAGAGAGUUAGAGAAGAAAUGUAAUGCUGACUCUAAAGCAAAAGACAAUGUCCAUUGAUAAACAGACGCUUACCAAAAAUGGAUGUAAACUUUGUCUCUUGUGGUUAGAAUAUACUGGACUGAUGAAUUUCAAUUUGUUCAUUCUUGUGACGCUCUCAGUUUAGAAUCCAAAGCAGAGUUUAGAAUAGAACCAUCCAGUACUUUUAACUGACAUCUGAGGUUCUAGCACCAUAAUUGGUCUCCUUGGGCCUUUCAUCACCAGUCCAGGCACCCUUAAAAUUGUACUGUCCAAGUCAAGUAAAACAAAACCACCCUUUUCAUGUUCCUUGAUGGCAGUGUUCUUCCCACUUUUUCUUUUAAUGUGAGUUUAAAAAAUGUGAGUUUCUGAGGACACAAAUCAUAAAACAUGCUUGUUUUUAUGUAGUCUGUGAGAUUCACUGCAGAUAGCUGAUCUUGAGUGUGCACUGGAGCACAUUAAAGUUUGGCUCAUAUCCCAUUCUACCAAAGAAAAUGGUACAUCAACUGAUUACCUGUAUCAAAUAUCCUUUACAGAAAUAUCCAAAGCUACUAAAUAUGGAGUUUAGGGCACUUUUUCUGUGAACAAUAUUGUUUAAAAAUCAAGAGAUCAGCACAAAUGGCAGUGUGAUUCUUGGUUAAUUAGUCUGUUCAGUUAUUUUUCCAAUAACUAAUUUGUUAGUUUUUCUACAGUGAGAACUUUUCAAAGAAAUUUAUGGAAAGAGAGAGUGAAGUCCUUCAUUAAUGUCACACCACAGAUUUCCUCUAUCUGAUUCAUUGAUCCAUAUGAACAUGGAACGAAGACUGACAGAAGUUUUUAGGUAUUCCUUGGCAAACAGGAAAGCUUAGGUUUUUACAAGCUGCCUGGAACUUGACGGUUGAGCAAUUAGCCACUGUUUUAAGUGUGAGGUAGGGAUAAACAUCAUAGCUUUUCUGUUUAAUGCUCUAAACUGAAGGAGGGAAGACAUUCUGGUCUCCGUAUACUCUUGUGGGGAUCUCUGAAAGGGGAGUAGAAAUAGAAGAUUGGAAAAGGGAAGGGAUUUUAAUUGGAGAACAAACUGUUUAGCUUCCAGAAUCAACUUGAUCACUGGUGUUAAAAUGCCAAACAGAGAAUCAUGCUGUCACGUAGUCUCCUAAUCAAAAGGUAGGAGGGUGGGGGAAUUAUGUAAACUCCAUGCUCCCUUUUUAAAAAAAAAAGGGGGGGGAGGGCAAUUAGAGCUGAAAAGCUAGAGGCUUUGUAUGUAGUUUGAUGCUGUCUAUGCUGAUGUCCCUCAAGGGGUCUACAGAACAAAAAAGGCCCUUUACAAAUAAAUAGUAAUAAUAAUGGUUCCUUUAUUAAAUGUGCAAAGCAAUCUGUCUUACUGCCCUCUGUGGAACCUGAUGUGUCUUAUUUCUUAAUACCUUGCGGUGGUGCUGAUCUAAAUUUGGCCAGGAUGAUGAAGAGUUAGGGACUCUCCAAGGCAAGAUGCAGAACUCUAGCAGGGCCCUCAGGAUUUACCCUUGGUCUCAGUGAGGCAUGGUAAUCCAAAGGAAAUAGAGAAUUUUUAUGUUGCUUUGUAUUAUCAAAGAAUAACUUUUUAACUGGAGGGUUCUUAUUGAUCGCAAAAAGUCAAACAAGUGUCUUGAACGUAUUUGUCUCACUGCUACUAUCCUCAACGUAAUUAGCCAUUUCCUCCUUACCUAAUGUUCUACAAUUGAGUGGUGGCUCUUUCAUUCUGUUGAGAAUUCUCCCUUUAUACAAGAAAAAUCCUUAAUGUUGAGGAGGGGAAAAGCCAUUUGCAGUUUAGUCUUUCCUCCGAGAUUGGCUGCAGCACCAGUGGUGUUAGCCUAACAACUGUUCGGUAAUCUCACCCUUCAGCAUCUCUCUCUUCAGGUCCAUCAGUAACUAUAAGUCAGGCUUGACAAAAAUUAAGAAACCAUGUCUCCUGGAAACUGUUUUUAAUUUCUUCUUUUGAAGAUUAAGGUUAAACAUUAAGUCAAAUCUAGCUGAUCAAUUUCAUUUUAGAACAAUACUGCUGGAAUAACUACACGGUCUUUCAGUUCUUUUGCUUCAAGUCAUAAAAUUAUCAGCAACGGAAUUCAGGAAGGAAUAUCCCAUAUAUACUUAAAUAGGAGUGCUGGGGGGUUUCAUGUCUUCCUCUGAAACAUGGUGUUAUAGUCAAUAUAACAGAGCAGAAAGUCAAUAGCUACUCAAAUAUGAUAAUUUCUGUAUUCCUGAAGUCUUUAAUAUUACAGUUGCUUCAUUUAUUCUGCCUCUGUGUUCCCAUAAACUAAAGAUCAGAAGCCUCAUACCCAGCAUGCAUCAUAUACAUUUCCAUUUCCAUUAUGGGCUACAAACACACUACCUUCAUCAUCAGUGAGAAACUGACCUCAAUCCAUCAGUUUCACUGUACCCUCCUUGCCUUGCAAGGGAUGUAUCUGUCUUGUGAGAGUAUCUGUGUGCCUAAUCCACCAAAGUUAUGGCAAUAUCAAGACAAAUUACGGUGGCAGAAAUUUGUUAGUCUUUUGGCAGUGCAUGUACAUUUUUAACAAUUGUCUAAUUUUAGAGGUUAGGUUUUGUAUGGCAGUCUCUGUUUAAGCUAGAAAUACUCCUCUACCUGGUUCUGUCUGAAAGUGGGACUCUGUGGAGGCAUAUUAACGAAAGCACAAACCGAUGCUUCAAUGUUUUUAAGGUACAAAAUCACCUUUGUUUCCCCCGUGCUUACUGGUCUUUGUAGUCAACAUAUCCAAGCAGAGACUAUUAGGAAAUGUGAAUUUGAUCAGUAUGUUUCCUUUACACAGAGAUUGCUCCCACAUCUUACUGUGUAUAUGCACAAGCAAGCAAACCAUACUGGGCUUUAAAUUUCUUAAAUAGUCCAUCUCUCAGGCUUGAUGUAGAGGAAGUUUUUAAGGUGUGCUAUUGAUAGAGUUGUAUAAAACAACCUAAUUAACACCAUAAAGACUAGUCAAGACAAAGUGACUGUAUUUUAACGCAUCCUAAACUGGUCAAAUCUGAAGUCUAGAUCGAAUAUAGCUUUAAAUCCUAGUUUAGACCAAGUGUGUUUCUGUGGAGGAAAUAAAUUUUACAGGCAAA